GGAGGCUCCGCCGCGGGGGGAAGGGCCGAAGCGGCGGCAGCGGCGGCUCCGGCGGAGCGGGUGGGGGAAGGGCGAGUGGCGGAGCUUCGGCGGCGGCAGGGAUGGAGCACCACCAGCCCGCCAGCCGCUACCAAGUGGGAGAGAUGCUGUCUCAGUGACCCAGCAGGAGCAGUCACAGAAACACAAGCUUGCUGCUGCUUUGUGGGUGCAGACUGUGGCAUGUGGGCUGUCCCCAUCUUUUUGGCGGGGAUGCAGAGGGAACUUCACAACGAGGAUGACCCUCCAGAGUCUUCAGUGGCUGAGCAGCCUUCUACUUCUACAGAGACUACACAGACUCCUCAGACAGCAGCCUUAUCUGAAGCCGAUACCUCCCCUCCACCUUACUGUAGCAUAGAUGUAGAAGCAGCUGCAACCUCAGAAACACACAAUGAAUUUUAUCCUGUACCACCUCCAUACAGUGUAGCUACCUCUCUUCCUACUUACGAUGAAGCUGAGAAGGCCAAAGCUGCAGCAAUGGCAGCUGCUGCAGCAGAAGUUGCCCAGCGUGAAGAAGAGUAUCCACCACGGGAUGAUUUCAGUGAUGCAGAUCAGCUUAGAGUGGGCAAUGAUGGCAUCUUCAUGUUGGCAUUUUUCAUGGCAUUUAUUUUCAACUGGAUUGGAUUUUGUUUAUCCUUCUGUAUAACAAAUACCAUAGCUGGAAGGUAUGGUGCAAUCUGUGGAUUUGGUCUCUCUCUGAUCAAAUGGAUUCUCAUUGUACGGUUUUCAGAUUACUUUACUGGAUAUUUCAAUGGGCAGUACUGGCUGUGGUGGAUAUUUCUGGUACUUGGACUCCUCCUGUUCUUUCGAGGCUUUGUCAAUUAUCUUAAAGUCAGAAACAUGUCUGAAAGCAUGGCAGCUGCUCACAGAACAAGAUUCUUCUUCUUGUAUUAAAGACUGCAUCAAACAGACAUUCCUUUCUUGUACCAGUGUGAAAUUUCCAGAUGAUCUGUAAUCCUGCAAGUUAAUAGGAUAGAAGACUACUAAAAACAGAAGACAAAUUAGUGAAGAUACAGCUUCAAAAUUGAAUGACAGAAUGGCUUAUGUUCAAGUGCCAGUUGUGGUCAUUCUAAUAAAUAUUUAUAAUUGCUGCCUUUUGUUUCAGCACAUUUGCAUAUGUGCUUACUAAAAAAAAUAGUGCUGAAAUAAGAACAAACCACCUAUUAGUAUAGAUUAGGUACAGUCAGACUUGGUUAAUCUGUGCUUAUUUUACCUGACACAUGUAAGUGGUAACUUGUUUCACAAAAUGUAUGUACCACUGACUUGUUGAUCUGAAGUUUGAGUAAAAUGAAAUGCAUUAAAUGAUUUAGAUUGACCAGUUCACAAUUUUUUUUCUAUAAUUUAGAUUCAUCUAAUGAUUAUGUAGAACAAUUUUGCUAAGUUUACUAAAACUCAAAAUUUUCUUGGUGUCACAAACUUGCAUUCAUUGAUAUUUUAUCAAAUUCACACCAGUAUACUGGUUUACCUAAGGAUGAUACCCCACUUUGAGUCCCCUGUAAAUAAUUCUGCAUAGAUUACUAUUUAAAAUGCUUCUUAGGAACUGUGUCAAAAUAUAUUUUGUAACAGUAUAUUCUCCAAAUUGUUUAAUCUUCAUAAGAGCUAUAUGCAGUUUUUUUGUUAAUUUGACUAUUUGAGUAUUGUUACUAUUAGAUGUAAUUUUUGAGGUAAAGGCAUUGAAUUGUUUCUCAUCACAGCUUUCUUCACAUGGAUUUUAGCAGGAAAAGGCUUGAGUCUGAAAGCCCUUAUUCUUAUGUAUGUAUGAUCCCAUUACUUAAUGGAGCUCAUGUUAGCAGGGAUGGACAGCCAUGCACCUGUAGUCUUGGAUUAUGCAGUUGGAUCCUUGUGUGUGCACCUUUGUUCCUGAAACAGUGUAUUGCAAGUGUAUUCCCUGAUUUUUAACACUGGCUCUGUUUAAAAAGUCUUGAGUUUGAUAUAAACUCAACGUCUAUUUAGGAUAUUCUCAAGAAAAAGAGGAAAAAAGGCUUGUUUUAGAAUAAAUUCUCUGCCAUUUCAUAAGAAUAAACUAAAUGCAAGGUAACUUUGGAAAUAAUCUAUGAAGGAAAAGAAAUCUUACUUUUAAAGCUCUGAAAUUGGAAAAAGUGUGUUGCACUCUCUCAGUAUUCAUUUAACUUACACCGUUACUUUGCUAUUAAAUAUCAUCUCUUUGGGGGUUACUUUAAUCAUAGAAUCGUAGAAUGGCCUGGGUUGAAAAGGACCACAAUGAUCAUCCAGUUUCAACCCCCCUGCUAUGUGCAGGGUUGGCAACCACCAGACCAGGCUGCCCAGAGCCACAUCCAGCCUGGCCCUGAAUGCCUCCAGGGAUGGAGCAUCUACAACCUCCUUGGGCAACCUGCUCCAGUGCCUCACCACCCUCUGUGUGAAAAAUGUCUUCCUAAUACCCAACCUAAACCUCCCCUGUCUCAGUUUAAAACCAUUCCCCCUUGUCCUAUCACUAUCCACCCUUGUAAACAGCUGUUCCCCUUUCUGUUUAUACACUCCCUUCAUGUAAUGGAAGGCCACAAUGAGGUUUCCCCAGGGUCUUCUCUUCUCCAAGCUAAACAAGCCCAGUUCCCUCAACCUUUCCUCAUAGGAGAGGUGCUCCAGCCCUCUGAUCAUCCUCUGGACUUGCUCCAAGAGCUCCACGUUCUUCCUGUACUGGGGGCCCAGGUCUGGACGCAGUACUCCAGAUGGGGCCUCACAAGAGCUGAAUAGAGGGGCACAAUCAGCUCCCUGUCCCUGCUGGCCACCCCUUUUUUAAUGCAGCCCAGAACACAGUUAGCCUUUUGGGCCGCAAGUGCGCACUGCUGGCUCAUGUCCAGCUUCUCGUCUACCAGGACCCUCAAGUCCUUCUCUGCAGGGCUGCUCUUUAGGAGAUCUUCCCCCAGUUUGUAUAAAUAGCUGAGAUUGCCCUGACCCAAGUGCAGCACCCUGCACUUGGCCUUAUUGAACCUCAUUAGGUUUUCAUGGGCCCACUUCUCCACCCUGUCCACGUCCCUCUGGAUGGCUUCCCUUCCUUCCAACAUAUCGCCUGCACCGCUCAGCUUGGUGUCAUCCACAAACUUGCUGAGGGUGCACUCGGUGCCAUCGUCUAAGUCAUUGCUAAAGAUGUUGAAGAGCACCUGUCCCAAGACUGACCCCUGAGGGACAGCACUUGUGACCGGCCUCCACCCUGACACAGAACCAUUGAUCACAACCCUUUGGCUGCAUCCAGCCAGCCAGUUCCUAAUCCAUCCAACAGUCCAUCCUUCAAAUCCACACCUCUCCAAUUUAGAGAGAAGGAUGUGGUGACGGACCAUGUCAAAGGCCUUGCAGAAGUCUAGGUAGAUGACAUCCACCACCCUUCCCCUGUCUACCGAAGCCGUAACUCCAUCACAGAAGGCCACCAGAUUGGUCAGGCACGAUCUGCCCUUGGUGAAGCCAUGCUGGCUGUCUCAAAUCACCUCUUUAGCUUGUAUGUGCCUUAACAUAGCUUCCAGGAGGAUCUGCUCCAUGAUCUUCCCAGGCACAGAGGUGAGGCUCACUGGCCUGUAGUUCCCUGGGUCUUCCUUUCUCCCUUUCUUAAAACUGGGAGGAAUGUUUCCCUUUUUCCAGUCACCGGGGACUUCACCAGCCAGCCAUGAUUUUCAAAUAUGAUGAAGAGCGGCUCAGCAACCACAUCAGCCAUCUCUUUCAGAACCCUAGGAUGGAUAUCAUCUGACCCCAUGGACUUAUACGCAUUCAUUUUCAUGAGGAGGACUUGGACUUGUUCCACUGUUACAGUGGGACAGAAACCACUCCCCACACCCUCACCUAGAGGCUCAUGGUCCUGGCAGACAUGGGAAGCCUGACCACCUAUGAAGACUGAGGCAAAGCACUCAUUGAGUACCCCAGCUUUUUCUAUGUCUGAGGAAGCCAGCUCCCCAUUGCCUUUCAUGAGAGGGAGAACACCCUCCUUGGCCUGUCUCCUCCUGCCUCUGUACCUUGUUGUCUUUCACAUCCCUUGCCAAGUUCAGCUCCAUCUGCUCCUUGGCUUUCCUAAGCCUAUCUCUACACACAUGGACAACAGCCCCGUAUUCCUCCCAGGACACACAACCGUAUUUCCACCUUCUAUACAUUUCCCUCUUUUCAGUUUAAGCUGCAGGUCCUUGCACAGCCACAACGGUCGCCUGCCUUUCCUGCUCGACUGCUUCUGCUGGGGGAUGGAGAGCCGUUGCGCUCUCAGAAGGGUGUCCUUAAAGAGCUGCCAGCUCUGUUCUGUACCCGUUCCCUUAAGGACAGUUUCCCAGGGGAUCCCACUCAGCAGUUCCUUGAGCAGCUGGAUGUUUGCUCUCCUAAAGCACAGGGUCCUAGCUCUGCUUUUUGCCAGGCCAACAUUCUUCAAGAUCACAAACUCCACUUUGAGUGUUAAUGCACAUUUGAUUUCCUUUAACGUUUAUCAUUUAUGCUUCUACCUAAGAAGGAGAAUACAUCUCUCAGUCCUUUGUACAACUGGAAUCUCAGUUGCAAAAUACAUUGGUUGUUGGUUGCACCUUUGGGGAAAAAAUUACAAAUACUUUCCUCCAGUUGUUUUUUUUUUGUUGUUGUCGUUGUUUGUUUAUAUUAAAAUUUUGCCUUUUUAUUACUAACAUUAAAAAUGAGGUUUAUGUUUUGAGUUAGUGCUGUAUUCAAUUUUGUAUCUGUAAUGAAUGUUUAAAAUAUGCAUAUGUAAACUGGUUACAUUAUUAGUUUUCUUAAUCUUUCAGAGAUACUGAAAGUGAUUAAAACCUUAGGGGCACCUUCACUUCCCAGCUUUUUAUGGAAAAUAAAAUUAAGUAGAAGUUCCUUCUAAACUUAGCUGUUGGUUUCUCUGUUCUUUUGCAUCCAUUGUCCUUAUGAAAUAAGAAACAGAUAAUAAAACAGUGCUUUGUUUUGC